UUGGGUGGAGAGGGAGAAUAGUUAUAUUACAAGCAAAGGAAGGAAGGACUGGAGUGGUGGGAUGCGAACAGAAACGAGCAUAUCAUGUGCUUUAGCUGAGGCAGCUGCAGCAGCAACUCAUUAAGUCAGACUGCACCAUUUUCUUCUCACCCUGUAACGAGGUGAUGCUGGAAGCUGCAAGGAGCUGUCCACCUCCACCCACCCCUUUUGAACGACUGUACAGAGGUGGGUCCGUCCUGGCUCUUUAUCCUGGCAACGCAGCCCAUCUAGAGGAAUCCCAACAGACCUUUCCAAUUUGGUGAAAUUUGUUUAUAGGACAUUUUUAUUUCAGCUGUCACAGGAAAUCUGAAGUGUUUCCUGCUCUCUGUAAGGCUUCUCCUCUACAGUUCUCAGUCCGUGUGCCUGCAUGUGUGUUUUUGCAGGGGUGGGAGCAAGAGGGACUCUCCGAGUUUGGAAUAUGUCAACACUGUGCUGAAUUAUCGAUGCUGCAGAGGCUGGAGCUUAAGGUGCCUGUAGAGGGAGAAGAGGAUUGCCCUGUGAAUUUCUGGCUUCCAGCAUCACCUCAUCAGUGCCCUUGUGAGACUAACAAAUCACCUGGAUAUCUGUGGGGUAGGAACUGAGGUGCUUGAGCAGGUGUCUCUCUCUCCAAAAUGGCUCACGCUGCUGCUUCCAUUAAAAAAGUUCGAGAGGCUGAAAUUGAUGAGAGAGAGAAGGAGAAAGAGAAGGAAAGAAAAAGGCAGAGGAAAAUCUCUAGGGAAAAUCGGAAACGCAAGUCUGACAGCAAUGCAAGCUUUCUCCGAGCUGCCAGGGCUGGCAAUCUGGACAAAGUAGUGGAAUAUCUAAAGGGGGGAAUAGACAUCAAUACAUGUAAUCAGAAUGGACUCAAUGCUCUACACUUGGCUGCCAAAGAAGGCCACGUGGGACUGGUUCAGGAAUUGCUGGAAAGGGGCUCCGCAGUGGACUCUGCUACUAAGAAAGGUAAUACCGCACUGCACAUUGCAUCCUUGGCUGGACAGGCUGAAGUGGUCAAAGUACUGGUUAAGGAAGGAGCCAAUAUUAAUGCACAAUCUCAGAAUGGCUUCACUCCUUUAUACAUGGCAGCUCAAGAAAACCACAUUGAAGUGGUAAAAUAUCUUCUGGAAAAUGGAGCCAACCAGAGCACUGCUACUGAGGAUGGCUUCACUCCACUAGCAGUUGCACUACAGCAAGGACACAAUCAAGCUGUGGCCAUUCUUCUGGAGAAUGACACUAAGGGAAAAGUGCGACUGCCGGCAUUGCAUAUCGCAGCCAGGAAAGACGACACGAAAUCAGCAGCACUUCUGCUCCAGAAUGAUCACAAUGCUGAUGUUCAGUCCAAGAUGAUGGUGAAUAGGACAACUGAGAGUGGCUUCACACCUUUGCACAUUGCAGCACAUUAUGGAAAUGUUAAUGUGGCAACACUUCUGCUCAACCGAGGAGCAGUUGUAGACUUCACAGCAAGGAAUGGAAUCACCCCACUGCAUGUGGCUUCCAAAAGGGGAAACACAAACAUGGUGAAGCUCUUGUUGGAUCGUGGAGGGCAGAUCGAUGCCAAAACCAGGGAUGGACUGACUCCACUCCACUGUGCUGCACGAAGCGGACACGAUCAGGUUGUAGAGCUCCUCCUGGAACGAGGUGCCCCACUGCUUGCAAGGACCAAGAAUGGACUCUCUCCAGUUCAUAUGGCUGCCCAAGGUGACCACGUAGAGUGUGUCAAACACCUACUGCAGCACAAAGCUCCUGUUGAUGAUGUCACACUGGAUUACCUGACUGCCCUUCACGUUGCUGCACACUGUGGCCACUAUCGUGUCACCAAACUUCUGCUGGACAAAAGAGCAAAUCCAAAUGCUCGUGCUUUGAAUGGUUUUACUCCACUGCACAUUGCUUGCAAGAAAAACCGCAUUAAAGUCAUGGAGCUGCUGGUGAAAUACGGGGCUUCUAUCCAAGCUAUAACAGAGUCGGGCCUCACACCAAUACAUGUGGCUGCAUUUAUGGGCCAUUUGAACAUAGUUCUCCUUCUGCUGCAGAAUGGAGCCUCUCCAGAUGUCACUAACAUUCGUGGGGAGACCGCAUUACACAUGGCGGCUCGUGCAGGGCAGGUGGAAGUAGUCCGCUGCCUUCUGAGGAAUGGUGCUCUGGUGGAUGCCCGAGCAAGGGAGGAGCAGACUCCACUCCAUAUUGCUUCUCGCUUGGGUAAAACAGAAAUUGUCCAGCUAUUGUUGCAACACAUGGCACACCCGGAUGCUGCAACUACUAAUGGCUAUACACCACUGCACAUCUCUGCCCGAGAAGGUCAAGUUGAUGUAGCAUCAGUUCUCUUGGAGGCGGGUGCAGCACACUCUUUGGCUACCAAGAAGGGAUUCACACCACUGCAUGUGGCAGCUAAAUAUGGAAGCCUGGAUGUGGCAAAACUCCUGUUGCAGCGUCGUGCAUCUCCUGAUUCAGCUGGAAAGAAUGGCCUCACCCCCCUCCAUGUUGCUGCUCAUUAUGACAACCAGAAGGUGGCACUACUGUUGCUGGAGAAAGGUUCUUCUCCUCAUGCUACUGCCAAGAAUGGAUACACUCCUCUACACAUUGCUGCUAAGAAGAAUCAGAUGCAGAUAGCCACAACCCUGUUAAAUUAUGGAGCAGAGACCAACAUUUUGACCAAACAAGGAGUGACUCCACUUCACCUGGCCUCUCAAGAAGGUCAUGCUGACAUGGUGAACUUGCUUCUGGAGAAGGGUGCCAACAUUCAUGUGGUUACAAAGAGUGGACUGACAUCCUUACAUUUAGCCGCUCAAGAAGAUAAAGUGAAUGUAGCAGACAUGCUGAUAAAACAUGGGGCAAACAAAGAUGCUCCAACUAAGCUGGGUUACACUCCAUUAAUUGUGGCAUGUCACUAUGGGAACAUCAAGAUGGUAAACUUCCUCCUGAAGCAGGGAGCUAACGUCAAUGCUAAGACAAAGAACGGGUAUACUCCUCUACACCAAGCUGCCCAACAAGGCCACACUCACAUCAUCAAUGUUCUUCUCCAACAUGGGGCCAAACCAAAUGCAACCACUGCGAAUGGCAAUACUGCCUUAGCAAUUGCUCGGCGUCUGGGAUACAUCUCAGUGGUCGAUACGCUAAAGGUUGUAACUGAGGAAGUGAUUACUACCACAACUACUGUAACUGAGAAACACAAGCUCAAUGUACCUGAGACUAUGACUGAAGUCUUGGAUGUUUCUGAUGAGGAAGGUGAUGACACUAUGACAGGAGAUGGGGGAGAAUACCUUAGGCCAGAAGACCUGAAAGAACUAGGUGAUGACUCUUUACCCAGCAGCCAGUUCUUAGAUGGUAUGAACUACCUGAGGUACAGCUUGGAAGGCGGCCGAUCUGACAGCCUACGAUCCUUCAGUUCAGACAGGUCCCAUACGCUGAGCCAUGCCUCCUACAUGAGGGACAGCACUAUGAUUGAUGACACAGUUGUUAUCCCCAGCCACCAGGUAUCCACACUAGCCAAAGAGGGUGAGAGAAAUUCAUAUCGCUUAAGCUGGAGCCCUGACAACUUGGACAAUGUCACUCUUUCUGCUAGCCCUAUUCAUUCUGGCUUCCUGUCUUCAAAAAAGGAGAUUGGAUCAUUGCUAACAAGCCACUCCUCUCCAUGUUUUGACCCUGACAACAGCAGUUUCCUGGUCAGUUUCAUGGUGGAUGCUCGAGGAGGUGCUAUGCGGGGUUGCAGACACAACGGGCUUCGAAUUAUUAUUCCGCCCCGGAAGUGCACUGCUCCAACACGAGUAACCUGCCGGCUGGUCAAACGUCACAGAUUGGCCACAAUGCCUCCAAUGGUUGAAGGAGAAGGUCUGGCUAGCCGUCUAAUUGAAGUUGGACCGUCUGGUGCUCAGUUCCUUGGUAAACUUCACCUGCCUACGGCUCCUCCCCCACUUAAUGAGGGAGAAAGUUUGGUCAGCCGAAUCCUUCAGCUGGGGCCUCCUGGGACCAAAUUUCUUGGGCCUGUGAUUGUCGAGAUCCCUCACUUUGCGGCUCUACGUGGUAAAGAAAGGGAGCUGGUCAUCCUGCGCAGUGAGAAUGGAGACAACUGGAAGGAACAUUUCUGUGAAUAUACAGAGGAUGAACUGAAUGAAAUCCUAAAUGGAAUGGACGAAGUGCUUGACACUCCAGAAGAGCUGGAGAAGAAACGCAUUUGUCGCAUCAUCACUCGGGACUUCCCACAGUACUUUGCAGUAGUAUCCCGGAUCAAACAAGACAGUAACCUCAUUGGACCUGAGGGAGGUGUGCUAAGCAGCACAGUAGUUCCUCAAGUACAGGCUGUCUUCCCAGAAGGAGCACUAACCAAGCGAAUUCGUGUUGGACUGCAGGCCCAACCUAUGCACAAUGAACUUGUAAAGAAGAUAUUAGGCAACAAAGCCACAUUCAGCCCUAUAGUCACAUUGGAACCGAGGAGAAGAAAAUUCCAUAAGCCAAUAACAAUGACUAUUCCUGUCCCCAAAGCCUCCAGUGAUGUGAUGAUUAAUGGAUAUGGAGGUGAUACACCCACUCUAAGACUACUAUGCAGCAUAACAGGUGGAACAACACCUGCUCAGUGGGAAGACAUUACCGGAACUACGCCAUUAACAUUUGUCAAUGAAUGUGUUUCCUUCACCACAAAUGUAUCUGCCAGGUUUUGGUUGAUAGACUGUCGACAGAUACAGGAAUCUGUUACGUUUGCUUCCCAAGUCUACAGAGAAAUUAUCUGUGUGCCCUACAUGGCCAAAUUUGUAGUGUUUGCCAAAUCUCAUGAUCCCAUAGAAGCACGAUUGAGAUGUUUCUGCAUGACAGAUGAUAAGGUUGAUAAAACACUAGAACAACAAGAAAACUUUGCUGAAGUUGCCCGAAGCAGAGAUGUAGAGGUACUAGAAGGAAAACCUAUCUACGUGGACUGCUUUGGAAAUCUAGUACCACUAACCAAGAGUGGCCAACAUCACAUAUUCAGUUUUUUUGCCUUCAAAGAAAAUAGACUUCCAUUGUUUGUCAAGGUUCGGGACACAACUCAAGAAUCUUGUGGACGCCUGUCAUUUAUGAAGGAACCUAAGUCUUCAAGAGGCCUUGUACAUCAAGCCAUCUGCAAUUUGAAUAUCACAUUACCAAUUUACACAAAGGAAUCAGAAUCAGAUCAAGAACAGGAAGAAGAGAUUGAUAUGACAUCAGAAAAACAUGAUGAUGAAACAGAAUCUACAGAAACAUCUAUCCUGAAAAGUCACCUUGUCAAUGAAGUCCCUGUCUUAGCCAGCCCAGACUUGCUGUCUGAAGUUUCUGAGAUGAAACAAGAUUUGAUAAAAAUGACUGCCAUCUUGACAACAGACUCUUCUGAGAAGACAAGCUCCAUUAAAGUGAAAGAUCUUGUGAAAGCUGCAGAUGAAGAGCCUGGAGAACCUUUUGAAAUUGUGGAAAGAGUUAAAGAGGACUUGGAAAAAGUAAAUGAAAUUCUGAGAAGUGGAAGCUGCCUCAAAGAAGCACCAAUUCUUCAGAGAUCAAGUUCUGGAACAGAAUUGGUAGAAGAAGAAUGGGUUAUUGUAAGUGAUGAAGAAAUUGAAGAGGCCAAGCAAAACGUUCCUGUGGAAGUCACUGAGCCUCCUUGUGUAGAAACUAAAAUAGGCAAGGGUAAAACAGAGAAAAUCAUGAAAGACAUGACAGGAAUGAUAGAUUAUCUCAGUGAGGAUCUGAAUACGUAUGUGUCACUUAAUGAAGUACAUCCACAGACAUUUCAAGAAGACAUGGUAGAAGAGAAAUUUGAAGCUCUUGUUGUAAGCAGGGGUUCUGAAAAGGGUGGACGGGUCCCUACCUCUGUUGAGAGCAAAGUGACACAAGACCAAUACAAACCUACCUUAGAAAUUAAAAAACCAGUUAGGAAGAAAUUAAAAGAAAAACAAAAGCCAAAGGAUGAAGAAUCCCAAGGAAAGGAAGCACAUUCAGUACUAACAAAGUUCAGCUCAGAUGAGUCUUUAGAUGAAGAGCUGGGAUUAGCUCCUACACAGCCUUCCAAAGUCACUGCUGUGUCACCUGUUAUAGAAGAAACUCCUAUUGGCUCAAUCAAAGAUAAGGUUAAAGCUCUUCAGAAGCGAGUGGAAGAUGAGCAGAAAGGACGUUCAAAAUUGCCUGUUCGGGUUCCAGGAAAAGAAGGGGCAGCUGAGAAGUCUGUUACAAAGCCAUCACAAACUAAAAAAAUUAUUUUCAAAACAAAGCCCCCAACGUCGCCCUCUGCCUCAAAGACACCAGCUUCUCCCCCUGCCUCAAAGACGCUGGCUUCUGCCUCAAAGUUGCCUGCUUCUCCUUCUGCCUCAAAGUCACCUUCUUCUUCCUCUGCCUCAAAACUCUCCUCUCCCUCUGCCAAGAAAACACCUGUUUCACCUACAUCUAAGAAGCAAGCUGUUUCACCUACUUCUAAGAAGCAAGCUGUUUCACCCACAGCUAAGAAGCCACCUGUUUCACCAUCUUCUAAAACAGAAAGACUUGAAGAAACAAUGUCUGUUCGUGAGCUGAUGAAAGCAUUCCAGUCAGGUCAAGAUCCAUCAAAGCAUAAAUCUGGACUUUUUGAGCAUAAGUCUAUAAAGCAGAAACAGCAACCUUCUGAUAAAGAGCCAGCUAAGAAAGGAGCUGCUCAGGCAGAGAGUGAGAAGAAGCAGACACUGACACACAAAGAGGCACAUAAAAAAGACAGCCCCAAAAGCAAAAAAAGCCAGGAACUUCAGGCAGAGGUAGGUUUGCCACUUAAAAAAGAGGUACAGAGUGCUCCUGAUAUAAGUCUGAAGAAAGGUUUAUCCACUCAGAAGGAAAAACAGCAGAGCGGCAAAGCCACUGGGAAAAAAUCUCCAGUUGUUGAUAAUGAACACACCAAGGAUGUUGUCCUGACAUUUGAUGACCAAGGGGAUGCUGAUCUCCAGAUCAGCCCUGACAGAAAGACUUCAACAGAUUUUUCUGCUGUCAUAAAAGAAGAACUUGAGGAUAAUGAUAAAUAUCAACAGUUCCGGCACAUUUCAAUAACUGAAGAAGAUCAACAGGAUGAUCAAGAAAGGAUAGAAGAAAGACUAGCACAUAUCGCUGAUCAUCUUGGAUUCAGCUGGACAGAGCUAGGAGGAGAACUAGAUUUCACAGAGGAACAAAUCCAUCAGAUCCGAAUUGAGAAUCCUAAUUCACUGCAGGACCAGAGUCAUGCGCUGCUAAAAUAUUGGCUGGAAAGAGAUGGGAAACAUGCUACCGAUUCAAAUCUUACUGAGUGUCUUACAAAAAUUAAUCGUAUGGAUAUUGUUCACCUAAUGGAGAGUAGCGUGGAAAAGUCUCGAGAGCACGGUCGUACCUAUGCAGAAAUUGAACAGACAAUAGGACUGGAUCACAGUGAAGGGUUUUCUGCACUCCAUGAAGAUCUGUAUAGCACAAAAGAUAAAAAUGAAGAAGAGCAUUCUUUUUCUAAAGACAGUGAGCAAUCUGAUCACCCUCCCCUCGUCUCUGAAGAAGACAUUUCUGUUAGCUACUCAUCCUUGCAUGAAGGCACACCCAGGUCUGAGGCAGAAAUAUCCGUUGUAGAGCUCCUACGACAAGCACACAAAGAUCGAGUGGGAGCUGAAUUCUCAGGGAAACCUCACGAGCUGCCAGAAGAUUCAACUACUACACAAGAAUAUUUUGUCACAACUUUGGGAACAGAUCAGACACAAGUACAAAAGGGUGGAAAAGCAGCAAGCAUUGCCAGUGAAAAGUCCGAGGAUUCCACUGCAGGGUCUGAGAAUCUUGAAAGGCCUUAUCUUCAUACCCCAACAUCCAGUGAGCGAACUGAUUCACCCAUUGUUCAAGAACCUGAAGAUCAUCACUUCCACCAAGAUGAUCUGUAUCCAAGGAAAAAUAGCCUAGUUAUUGUGGAAUCAACUGACGAACCGCCAGAAAAGUUAGAAAGAUAUGAAGAAGAAUCGCUGGAAAAGGAGCUAGCAGAGGAAUUAGGUGAGCUGGAGGCCAGCUCAGAUGAGGAAGAGAUGGUAACUACCAGGGUCGUUCGUCGCCGGGUGAUUAUUCAGCAGGCUGAUGAUAUGCCUGAAAUGCCACCAGAAGCUGUAACAGAGGAGCAGUACACAGAUGAACAUGGUCAUAUUGUGGUGAAGAAGAUCACUAGGAAGAUCAUCAGGCGCUUCGUUUUACCAGAUGGCACAGAAAAGGAAGAAGUUGUGAUGCAGGGAGAGCCGCAGGAGCCUAUUAAAGUGGAAGAAGGAGAUGGAUAUUCCAAAAUCUUAAAGCGGGUUGUGCUGAAGAGUGACAGUGAACAAUCAGAGGUGACCUUUUCUGAGCCAAGUGUUCUAUCCAGUGCCUCAGAAUUUCAGUCUGAACCAGUAGAAGGCCGCAAGGUCAGCAAAGUCGUGAAGACUACAGUAGUAAGUGGAGAGCGAAUGGAGAAACACCAUGGAGAUGCCAGCUUAGCCACUGAUCUUCCAUCAGCCAAAGAUGACUUUGAGGAGGACAACAAUGAGUAAAGCCAGUACACAAAAGAGGACUGUGGUUAAAGAUCAGUAUGGAAAACGUAUUCAUGUGGAACUGCUGGAGGACACACCAGAAGCACUACCCCAGGAUGACCUUCAGCAUGACCUUCAGCAACUACUGAGACAUUUCUGCAAAGAUGAGUGGAAACAAGAGGCCAAAUGAGAUGUUGCUAAAUCUCACCCACAGACCAACACACAUAUCCAUCCAUUCAAUAUCUAGCAUUCACUUUCUUCUUUUGCCAUAGAUGUCACAACUUAACAUAAUCACCAGAAGACACUGACAUUUCUACUUUGGGCAAAUAUAGUUGAAUAGUUUUUCUUUUCUUUUCUUUUCUUUUUAAAUAUCUGUAAGCUAAUUUGUGACCAAAGAUAGCAUCCUUCAUUUGGGAUGGUUUGUCUACUAAAAGUCAUCGACUUUGUGCUGUACUGGAAUCUUGUCAACUUUGCCAUCUUUGUUGUUCCUUUGCUUCCUCACCAGAUCUAUAAAACCACAGCUUCUUCCACAGGCCUCUUCAAGUGACAAUGUACAUGCGUUUUUUAAAAAAGGGAUAUUAACAAUAACCUGUAAAUAGUUAAAGUGCUUGGACUCACAAGACUGAAAGAUACACUGCCUAUCUUGACUACUUUUAGCAUCAAGGACUAAAAGGUCUGUUGAAGAGCAAUUAAUGUAACAUUGCUAACACAAUCCACUGAGUAUACGACAUGGAGAAGGAAGCAUGUCAGGCCUACUAUGUCCAUAGGACUUCCAGCUUAAUGAUCUAUGUGACUUAAAAGUUUUUCAGAGUCAGACUGAAACCUCAAACUCCAGCUGUUUCCAUUAAAAGGCAGCUGGGUGCAGCCAUCACUGCUUUUCUGACUCCUGGAAAGCCACCUAAAUAUUUCCUGAAGAAAAAUAAAUACCGUAUUUUAUGGACUAUAAGACUCACUUUUUUCCUCGAAAAAUAUCCGCCAAAAUUCAGGAGCGUCUUAUAUGUUUUAACAGUUUACUAUGUUAAAACUCUGAAAAACUGGAUUAAAAUUAAGGUGCGUCUUAUAGUCCGUAGCGUCUUAUAGUCCGUAAAAUACGGUACCAGUUAGACAUAACUUGCUAGCAGCUAUAUCUGUGGCACAUUUGCAUACUGUAUUCAGAUGUUUUAGAUUGGGCAAUGAGGCAGGGUGCAUUAAACAGCUCUAACUACGGUAGUUUCCUGUUUUCAUCACUGCUUUAGCAAACCACACUGUCUUAUUGGUGGUUCUUUCUGCUGGCCACUGCACUGUAGAUAACUUGAUAAGGGAAAAGAAACCCUUACCCACUCUUCAAGAAAGAUUAAUCUAAAUUUAUCACAUUCUAUCAAGACUGCCUCUUAUUCUGGUACAUGCAUGUGGCAUUGAAAAAUAAAAACACGACCCUCUUGUAAUCAUGUCAACAGCUUCUCAUCUCUCUUAGCACUGAGCGAGCAGAUUUUAACCUUCCAUUUGAGAUUUUUCUUCAAAUUCUUGCUUAUGAAGGGAUAUGAACCCGUUGGGCAUUUGAUUUUUGUUGCUAUUUUAUUUAUAUUUCUUAACCAACCUUUGAGAAUCAUUAUGUAAAUGUCUGCACUUUGAUUUUCCAAGAAGGGCAUGUGUGACUCUGGAAUAAUUCUGUGGUCUAUACCUAAUUCUAAUAGUGGUCUGGAACUCUGUAGCAUUAACAUAUAUAUGUAAUUAUAUAUAUUAUAUAUAUACAUAUAAAAUGAUAUACAUUUUGAAUCAGUUAUUUGAUAAAGACAAAGUAUAUUCAACGAAGAUGAGUCAAGUCCUCCAAGGUUGAUAUUUUUCAAAACCUAGCCAGCCUUUCCUUCUUGUAAAAAUAUGACUCACUCAGUGCUCAGAAUGCUGAAAAUAAAUGUUACAAAUGGCACCUCCUCAUUAAAGUAACCAUGCCAAGGGAAAGGAAACAUUUUAGGAGGUUUGGUUUCCUGCUAUGAAUGCAAUCCAAAAUGCCAUGCUAACACUGUUUUGGCUGGCAAGCAGGAUGCAAGCACUUGUGACUGCCAAAAUGGAAGGAGACAUAUUUCAGGACACACAAUAGCUCAUUUCUCAUUGUCAAGAACAUCACUGGUUGACCUUCAAGAAUGGGGCUCUAAAAGAAAUGCAUUUCUGUUGUGUUAUUUGCGGUGCAGAUGAUGUUCUGUGUAACAGCAUAAUGGCUAUUCUCCUUUUUCGGUUUUGAUUUUUGCUGUGUUAUCAGAGAACUUGAAUACUGUGAGAAGAAGUGAUUUUAAGUUGAUGAAUCAGCAUCUUGUUCCCAUGGUGAUAACACUAACUGAAUAUAUCUAUGAGGGCAUGUAUUAGUUAAAAGAUUAAAAAAAAACAAAAAACCAACAACACUAACAAUACAUAACUGCAAUGUGUACAAUGGCUGAUUUAAUUAAAUAAAAAUGUACAAGUGUUAAAUGUA